CCCCUGGUGGUAGUCGGCAGUAGCGCACGUCUUGUACUUCCUGUAUCAGGCACCCAGGGUGGGACAGCGGAAGUGUGGGAGCGACAUCGCCGGUGAAUAGAGAUCGGUUUCUGCCUCUCAUCGUGUCAUCAUGCCGGCCUAUCACUCCAUGCUGAUGGAAUCAGACGGCAAACUAAUAGGAAACAUGGCAUUGCUGCCAAUCAGAAGCCAAUUCAAAGGACCCGCCCCCAGAGAAACCAAGGACACAGAUAUUAUCGAUGAAGCUAUAACUUAUUUCAAGGCUAAUGUCUUCUUUAAAAAUUAUGAGAUUAAGAAUGAAGCUGACCGGACAUUAAUAUAUAUCACUCUUUACAUUUCUGAGUGCCUAAAAAAGUUGCAGAAGUGUAAUUCUAAAGGACAGGGGGAAAAGGAAAUGUACACACUGGGGAUUACAAACUUUCCCAUCCCAGGAGAACCAGGGUUCCCCCUCAAUGCCAUGUAUGUAAAGCCUACCAACAAACAGGAAGACGAGGUGAUGAGGGCCUACUUGCAACAGCUGAGACAAGAGACCGGUCUAAGGCUGUGUGAGAAGGUGUUUGACCCUCAGAAUGACAAACCCAGCAAGUGGUGGAUGUGCUUUGUGAAGAGACAGUUCAUGAACAAAUCUCUGUCUGCUCCUGGGCAGUGAAGUGAAGAAUGUAGGAGCAGACUAAUAUAACAAUUAGUGUUCAAAUUGUCAAAUUAAGUUGUUCCAGUUUGAACCAAAAUUUUAUACUGCGUUGUAAUAUGAUUGGUAAUUGGCCAAUAAGGCAAGCAAAAUCCGGUAUUCAGGGGAAUAGCCAGUGUUAAGCUGGUGCUUAAUAAACGUGAUAAAUCAUUCUUGAUUAAUGUUUGGUGGAUUUGUGCUUUCACUGUAACUCCACUGGUUGGAGCAAUGAUUGUUUCAUUUCCUUCCUGUAUUCUAAUAAAUACAGUGUAUAUUUACCAUGA